GUUAUUUGAGUAAUAUUCCCGUCAUGAUAUUUACUCACAAGAAGCCAGAUCCUUCGAUCCAAAAAAGGCUACGGAUCAUUCAGAGGGAUUUCUUCUUCUCGAUUCAUCUGUCGGAGACUAUUCCAGAUUUUCUCAUCCUGGGUCGAUGGGUUUGGAUUAUUACAACAUAUUGAAAGUGAAUAGGAAUGCAACGGAGGAAGAUCUGAAGAGAUCCUACAAGAGAUUGGCCAUGAUAUGGCAUCCUGACAAGAACCCUACCCUCAAAAAUGAAGCUGAAUCCAAAUUCAAGCAGAUCUCUGAGGCUUACGAGGUUUUGAGUGAUCCACAGAAGAGAUCGGUGUACGAUCGAUAUGGGGAGGAAGGGUUAAGCGAUAUGCCGCCUCCUGGGAGCACCAGAGGAGGUGGAAGAGAAGAUGGGUUUAACCACAGAAAUGCAAAGGACAUAUUUGCUGAAUUCUUUGGCAGUAGUCCUUUCGAUUUCGGCCCUGGAAGGUCCAUGAGGUCCCAAUCAGACGGAGGCGGAGCAUUCAGAGCUCACACCGACGGUGGAACAAUGCCCAGCAAGAAACCUCCACCGGUUGAGAGCAAAUUGCCCUGUAGUCUUGAGGAGCUGUAUUCUGGAUCAACCAGGAAAAUGAAGAUCUCAAGAACAGUUUUUGAUGCUAAUGGGAGACAGGCUCACGAGACGGAGAUUCUGACAACUGUGGUGAAGCCCGGAUGGAAGAAGGGGACAAAGAUAACGUUCCCGGAUAAAGGGAACGAGCAACUGAACCAACUUCCAGCCGAUUUGGUGUUCAUAAUUGAUGAGAAACCUCAUGAUUUGUUCAAGAGAGAUGGGAAUGAUCUCGUCACGAGCCGGAAAGUCACACUCGCAGACGCCUUGGGAGGAACAACGACUGUGAAUAUCGUCACGCUCGAUGGACGGAAUCUAUCGGUCACUGUGGAAAACGUCAUCACCCCACUGUAUGAGGUUGUGGUUCAUGGAGAAGGAAUGCCGAUAACGAAAGAGCCUGGAAACAGAGGCGAUCUGAGGAUCAGAUUCGACGUCCAGUUUCCCACAAGGCUGACGAUGGAGCAGAAAUCUGCACUUAAACGUGUCUUAGGGGGUUGUUGACGACGAAGAAGAAGAGUUGUAGCCAUCAUUCAUGUCUGUCUGUAACAAUCUGUAGAGAUUUUCAAAUGAGAAAAUUAUGAGAAUCAAUCACCUUUAGAUGCAAAUAUACUUUCGGAUUCUGAAUGAAACAGCAAACAGUUUUUUCGAA